CCCUCCCAGAAUUCUGUACAUCUUUCUAGACCGGUCUCUCGCGUCAUGGCUUCAUUAGACCAAGAACAGUCUUCUCCGCCGGUCUCCGACGCGCUCUCACCUGCGACCAAGAUCGAGGAAGUGGCGGGAAUGGAGGCUGGCGUUGAUUCGAACGAGCCAUUACCAUCUCCCACCACUUCAACUUCUCAUCUCCUCCCCUCCAAGUCUUCCAACGAAGUGCCCUCUCAGUCGACGACGCCAGUUCCCUCCACAACAGUGCAAAGCAAGCCUCGCAUUGUGGGUGGCUUUGAAAUCGAAGAUGACGACGACGAUGAGCAGGAACAACAGAAUGAAUCUUCAGAUGAAAAAGACGAGCUUGACGUCUAUGACCCAGCUGCGGGUCUGGACUUGGAUUUGAAUACACCCACGCCGAAUCAAGUCUCUGUCUCUGCCCCCGCUCCCUCAGUGCCCCUUGAUAGAUCUUCCCUGUCCCCAGAUCAAGAAAAUGGAAAAACUCCUGCGCCUGUCCAGGCAAAUGGUAGUCCUGCUGGCAUGCCUUCCUCUGCUCUUCCUCCUGGUGCUGACACACUGCGUGCUACCACUGCUACACCCACUCAACCCACUCAACCCACUCAUGUUGCUGCGGCGCAAGCUUCUCCGCCUCGCUCUGUUGAUGUGAACAGUCCCCUUGCUCCAGUUCUUCCCAAAACGAGGCUCGCCCAUGAUGUCGUCGGUAUUCUCCAGGAUCGCAUCAAGGACGAUCCCCGCGGGGAUUCCGAUGCUUACCUGGAAUUGAUUCAAGAGUACAAGAGUCGCAACAAGCAAGACGACGUUCGUCGAGUCUACGACCAGUAUCUUGCCGUCUUCCCUCUGGCUGCUGAACAGUGGUGUGCCUAUGUCAAGUACGAGGAAGAACAAGAUCGGAAGCAUGCAAUGGAGACCCUCUUCAGCCGGUCUCUUCUUGAAGUUCUCGAUGUGCAACUUUGGUCAUUGUAUAUUAAUUACAUCAGACGAAGGAAUAGUAUGCAAACUGGUGACGUGGCAAAAUCAUACAAAAUCAUCAACGAUUCAUUCAGUUUUGCUCUCAAGACCAUCGGCAUGGACAAGGAUGCUGGCAACCUGUGGCUAGAGUACAUCAACUUCCUGAAAACGGGGCCUGGGGUGAUCGGAGGACCAGGAUGGCAGGAUGCUGCCAAGGUCGAUUCGCUCCGGGAAGCAUAUCAAAAAGCCAUUGCUGUCCCUACUGCCGCGACGACCACCUUGUGGAAGGAAUACGAUUCUUUUGAAACGGGAUUAUCCAAGAUCAACGGUCGAAAAUAUCUUCAGGAGAAAUCGCCUGCAUACAUGACUGCGCGCACUGCCUACACACAAAUGCAGAAUUUGACCAAAGAACUGCAGAGAACCAGCCGUGCCAAGUUGCCGCCUUCAUACGGGUAUGAAGGUCAUGAGGCUUAUCUCUAUCAAGUUUCGCUGUGGAAGCAGUGGAUCCAAUGGGAGAUUGAGGACCCCCUUGUACUAAAGGACGAGGAUGUGUCCCUCUAUCGCAAUCGGAUCCUGUUCACAUACAAGCAAGCACUAAUGGCGUUACAAUUCUGGCCGGAAAUGUGGUACGAUGCAGUCGAGUUUUGUUUCGCCAAUGGUCUGGAGAACGACGGGGUGAAGCUGUUGAACCAAGGCAUCGCUGCCAACCCGGAAUCACCGCUCCUUGCUUUCAAGCUCGCGGACCGGAUUGAAGGCUCCACCCAGACGGACGAAAGCACUGACCCUGGAGCCAAAGAUCGGAUGAAGAAGAUCCGAGAGCCUUACGACCGGGUUUUGGAUGCUCUGUACGAGCUGAUCAAGAAGGUUUCGGCGAAAGAAAAGCAAGACAUUCAAAAUGUGGAGCUCUCGGCGUCCAGCAACAUCAACGGGGAAGGCCAGGCCGAUGAGGAAAUAAACGCGGGCAAUAUCGCGGCCAAGAAGGCGAUGGUCGACUCUCAGGUGGAGGCGAUCAAGAAAGGAGCUCAGGCGCAGUCGGAGCUGCUCAGCCGGAUGGUGUCGUAUGUAUGGAUUGCACUGAUGAGGGCGACAAGACGAGUGCAAGGCAAAGGACUACCGUCGGACCGUGGACCGAGCGGAUUUCGAGCAGUCUUCGGGGAGGCUCGCAAGCGAGGCAAACUGACCAGCGACUUCUACGUGGAAUCCGCGCGGAUCGAGUGGCAGUGCUAUCGAGAUCCGACGGGUGCCAAAAUCCUGGAACGAGGGAUGAAGCUUUUCCCCGAGGAUGACUACUUGCCUCUGCAGUAUAUCCGACAUCUCGUUGAGAUCAACGACAUGACCAACGCGCGAGCCGUGUUCGAGACGACGGUCAAGAGACUUUUGGCGCACGACUCCCCUGAGUACACGACCAAAGCCAAGCCUCUUUUCCUAUACCUACACGAGUAUGAAUCCAAGUAUGGGGAGCUUGCACAGGUGCAGGCACUGGAAGAAAGAAUGCGCAAACAUUUUCCCGAUGAUGCCACGCUGCAAGUGUUUCGCAGUCGAUACAGUACGCAGACGUUUGACCCGACCCACGUGUUACCUGUGGUGUCACCACGACAGGUUCAAAUCCCGACGGGCACGAUUGUUCCAUCAGUGGAGGCGCAUGAUGCGAUACAAUCUCCAGUACAGAUUUCUAUCGACCCUGUGCAGACGAAUUCACCCAAGCGACCAUUCCCAGAAGACUUUGAGGAUGUGGGCCCUCGCAAGUUUCCACGAGCAGAAUCACCGCUCAAGGGAGCGGCAGGACGUCGAAUGAAUCAGCAGGCACAAUUGCAGCAACAGCAACAGCAACAGCAACAGCAACAGCAACAGCAACAGCAACAGCAACAGCAGCAGAGACAGAUGAAUACUCCGGCUGGAAUGCCGCCAUUCUCAGUACCUGCACCCCUUGCGCCACCAAUCACAUACCUGCUCAGUAUUCUCCCAAAGUCUUCUUCAUAUGUGGACGUGAGAUUCGACCCGAAGACGGUUCUGGAACUGAUUCGUGAUGUCCAUCUCCCGCCCCCCGGAACAAUCAAUGGACAGUCACACCUAGCGCCGCCUGCCGCGCCUAGUAAUGCGGGUUGGCCAGCGUACCCUCAACAGCACCAGCCACCCCCGAUGCCUCCCCAGGGCUAUGUGCCACCGCCGGGCGCGAGUCAAGGUCAAUAUGGCAGUGGAGCGUUUCGGUUUGCAUGAUCUCAGGGGACAAUUGGAGGGAGUGAGGCUUCUGUAUACGAGUGACCUACUACCUAGGUAUCUCUCAGUCUUAUGUCAGCGGGGAUGAAGCUGAGUGUACAUUAAAUUAACAGCGAAUGAGCCACGAUUCACUUGUUAGCGGGUGCCGAGGAAGGGUUUCUUUAGGUCGAUUUUCCCUAGCCGGCAGGCCCCUCGGGCUGCAGCCAAGUACAGCUAUUGGCCCUUUAGGCCUUUGCUUUGGCAGAAACCAGUGAUGAAUGGGAUGAUAAAAAGCCCACUCAUCGAUGGCCAUUUGGGACAGUGGCGUUAUGCAUGUACCGUAAUAAAUCAAACAUGGAUGAAACCAAG